GAGAGGCAUGAAAAGGACUAACUAUAUACCCAAAAAUAACAGGUUAGAGCCAUUUUGAAGCGAAACACUGACAACAGGAGAGUGUCUUCUUUUGGCGCUUUCAUUAGGACUCACAAACUACAAAACAACCUUUGUUGCCAUGUUAUGUUCACCACAUUAAUUAAAUUUCACUUUUUCUUUUUUUUUUUUCUUCUUUUUUAUUAUAUUUUACAUAGUAUUUAUUUAUUCUAGUUUUCUUCGCUACCUUGAAAUUAAAUUUGCUGCGUCAGAAACUGUUCUUCAAAAGUUAAACCAUCAAAAAAUGGGUUUCUUGGGCAGUUUCUUGGGUGUUUUUGGUUUUGUUAUUGGAAUUCCUCUUGGUCUUCUUGUUGGAUUCUUUCUCUUUGUUUAUUCAGAAGCCAAGCAAGUCAAGGAUCCUGUUGUUAGACCGAUUAGUGAAUUAGGCCCAGUUGCUUUGCAAGAACUUUUGCCUGAAAUUCCUCUCUGGGUGAAGACGCCGGAUUAUGAACGAGUUGAUUGGUUGAACAAGUUUUUAUCGGAUAUGUGGCCUUUCUUAGAGAAGGCAAUUUGUGGGAUAAUUAGAACUACAGCACAACCAAUAUUUGAUGAGUACAUUGGAAAGUAUCAGAUUAAGGGAAUUGAGUUUGAUCAAUUGAGCCUUGGUACUCUUCCUCCUACAAUCUGCGGUAUGAAAGUUUUGGAAACAAAUGAAAAGGAAUUGGUCAUGGAACAAGUUAUCAAAUGGGCUAGCAACCCAAACAUAGUGUUGACGUUGCAUGUGCUGUCUAUGAAGAUCAAAGUUCAGUUGGUAGACUUACAAAUAUUUGCAACGCCGCGGAUAACUUUAAGACCUUUGGUGCCUACACUUCCAUGUUUUGCAAAGAUUGUGGUGUCUUUGAUGGAGAAGCCUCAUGUGGAUUUUGGGAUGGCGAUAUCAGGAGGGGACAUCAUGUCGAUACCUGGUCUUUAUAGAUUUGUUCAGGAAACGAUAAAAAAACAAGUUGCAAGCCUAUAUCUUUGGCCUCAAACCUUGGAAAUUCCUGUUCUUGAUGAAUCAACGGUGGCAAUAAAGAAGCCGGUGGGAAUAUUACAUGUGAAUGUGGUUAGGGCCGUCAAGCUUUUGAAAAUGGAUUUGUUGGGAACUUCUGAUCCAUAUGUCAAACUGAGCCUUACUGGUGACAAACUUCCGGCGAAGAAAACUACUAUCAAGAGAAAGAAUUUGAAUCCUGAGUGGAAUGAGAAGUUCAAAAUUGUUGUGAAGGACCCUCAAUCUCAAGUUCUCCAAUUACAAGUCUAUGAUUGGGAUAAGGUUGGUGCACAUGACAAGCUGGGAAUGCAGUUAGUCCCUCUAAAGCUUCUUAAGCCGUACGAGAAUAAAGAAUUUACUCUUGAUUUGCUUAAGGACGUAAAUAUCAUUGAAACUCCGAAUAAGAAGUUUAGAGGGCGAAUUGUGGUGGACUUGACUUUUGUUCCAUUCAGAGAAGAUAGUAUGAAAUUUGGUGGAUCUUCGGACGGAUAUGUCAGAAAGGAUAGUGGAAUUGAGAGUAUAUCUGAUGAUGAGGUCCAAGACGGAGCAGGUUUGCUUUCAGUUGUGAUACAGGAAGCUGAUGAGGUUGAGGGGGAUCAUCACAGUAAUCCAUAUGCAGUUCUCACCUUUAAAGGCGAAAGGAAAAGGACAAAGACGAUGAAGAAAACCCGUCAACCGCGUUGGAAUGAAGAAUUCCAGUUCAUGCUAGAAGAGCCUCCUCUACAUGAGAAGAUACACAUUGAAGUCUUGAGCAAGAGAAAAAAUUUCAGUUUUCUGUCAAAGGAAUCCUUGGGGCAUGUGGAGAUUAACCUAAGUGACGUGGUACAUAAUGGUCGCAUUAAUGAUAAGUAUCAUCUAAUCAAUUCAAAGAAUGGAGUAAUCCAUGUUGAGAUAAAAUGGAAGGUGGUUUAACAAACUAAACCAAUGUAUGAGGGUCAAAACUCAAAAAAGUCUAUAAACUCAGUAUUCUUUGUUUACCUUUUGCUUUAUUUGUUGUACCUAGCUACUAACAAUGUUUUUGGUUUUUACAAUGUGUCUAAAUAGAAGAGACAAAACACAUCAUUUAGAUAAGUAUUCAUAUAUACACAGAAACUUUGUUGCCAA